GCAGAACAAGCAAACAAACAGAGAAUCAAAACAAUUAUCCUCAGAGACUUCAACAUUGACCUCAAUAAGAAACACACACACAACACCUUAAUACAAUAUCUUAUGAACUCAAAUAUGCUACCACUAAUUAAUACACUACUACCAAACCAACCUAUAUGGAGCUCGCAAAAAACUAAUAGCCAAAUAGACGAAAUAUGGAUUCCAAAAAACUUAAUAGAAAACUUUCACAACCCCAUACUCAAAGACCCUACACAAAUUACCGAUA